AUGACGGGAGGUCCGGUGGAUCUCGCUUCGCUCACUCUCGAAAUUCCUCGAAACAAGUGUACUGCAUUUCGAUACUCUAUCACCAUUUGGCAACGACUGACCGACUCGACCAUCAACGCCGUCAAAAUGCCGAGCCACAAGUCCUUCCGAACCAAGCAGAAGCUUGCCAAGGCCCAGAAGCAGAACCGCCCUGUGCCUCAAUGGAUUCGCCUCCGAACUGGCAACACCAUCCGCUACAACGCUAAGCGAAGGCAUUGGCGCAAGACCCGCAUCGGUAUCUAA